AUGGUGCCACUUCAUCAGUUUGUUCCUCAGUCAGCCAUGAAGUUUUUCGAGCUACAGAAGCCAACGGCUGUGACUCCCUUUUUGCUGGAAUUUCUCACGAUUCUUGGCAUGCGAGGAGGAACAGGUCACACCAGGUCGCUUCGUUUCGUGUGCCUCCUACUGGCGGGAUGGAUUUUACUGGGGAUUCCAAAGGCCUACUUUGGGUUUGGUGAUCAGCUGGAUCUGAACAUUCGAGGAUACUCGGAACUGCUUUUUUUGUUCAACAUCGACUCGAAGGCGAUCAUAUUUUAUAUGAAUAGGGCAAAAUUGGAAGAGCUCGUUAAACAAAAUGGCAUCAACGUCGAGGAAGACAUUCGUCUCUAUUUCAUCCAUGCAAUGCUAAUAGCUCCCGUUCACGUGAUUCUGGGGCUUAAGUUGGCCGCCACCGAUAUUACAAUUUUCUGUGGUAUCAAGAGCAUUGGUUCGAUUUUUCGGCUGGUUUCUACAAGACUAAGUCAUCUCCAUGACUUUAAGAAUGUCGAUGAGCUUCGGAAGGAACUGAAAGAAGUGGUUGAUAUUCAUAACGAUGCUUUAAGGUGCGUCAAAAUUUUGGAGAGUAUUUCCAGCAUAGGAGUGAUGUUACAAUUGAUGAACACUGUUAUCGUCUGGGUUGCAAUGGUCUUUUGUGUCAGUUAUAGUCCAAAUAUGAACGCUUUAAAUCUACUUGUACUGCUUAUCCUUAUAACAUCUCAAACCUUUUUGCUAUGUCAAUACGGAAACGAGCUUACCGAAGAGAGUUUUGCCGUCGCAACUGAGGCCUACAAUGCUCAGUGGACUGAGCUGCCCGUAGAUGUCCAGAAAGGUGUUGGCUUGAUUCUGCAACGAGCUCAAAAAUGGGAAGGCAUCACGGCGGCACGGUUCUACCAAGUGAAUGUCGAACGGUUUGGAGCAAUGGUUCAAACGUCCUACUCGAUUUACGUGGUGCUGAAAGAUCGACUGGCCAGCAAAGCUUAGGAUGAUUGUAUUUCUUUGUUUCAAUCGAAAAGGAUUAUUUGA